AUGUCAGCAAAAAACAAACUACAUUCAUCUCAGUUUCACCCAAUUUUAAGAAAAAUAAAUGAGCAGAAUGUUGACAUCUCAUUCCAUAAUAUAAUGUAUCCAGUUUUUAUUGUUGAGGACGAUAACCAACAGCAAGUGAUUCCAUCAAUGCCGAGUGUUUAUCGUUUUGGACUGAAUAAACUAAUUGAUCAUUUAACUCCUCUUGUUGAAAUAGGAUUGAAAUCUAUUUUGAUGUUUGGUGUUAUUGAUAUUUUGCCAAAAGAUGAAAUCGGAACUAAUGCUGACUCAAACAAAAAUCCCGUGAUUCGGGCACUUCCAAUCCUACGUCAAAAAUUUCCAGAUUUACUGAUUGCAUGCGACGUUUGUUUAUGUCCAUAUACUUCUCAUGGCCAUUGUGGGAUCAUUGAGGAGGAUGGCAUUAAUAAUGAAAAAAGCAUUGAAAGGAUUGCAAAUAUUGCUCUAGAAUAUGUCCGUCAUGGAGCACAUAUCGUUGCACCAAGUGAUAUGAUGGAUAACCGAAUUUUUGCAAUUAAAAAUAAAUUGAUACAAAACGGAAUGGAAAAACGUUGUUCAGUGUUAUCAUAUUCAGUGAAAUUUGCUUCAGGAUUUUAUGGACCAUUUAGAGAUGCUGCAAAGUCUACACCACAACAAGGCGAUCGAAAAGGAUAUCAAUUGCCUCCUGGAAGUCGUGGUUUAGCAAUUCGCGCAGCAAGAAGAGAUGUUGAUGAAGGUGCUGAUAUGCUAAUGGUUAAGCCCGGUAUAGCUUAUUUGGAUAUUGUACGUGAUGUCAAAAAUGAAUUUCCGGAAUAUCCAAUGUUUAUUUAUCAAGUUUCCGGUGAAUAUGCGAUGAUCCUGCAUGGUGCCAAAGCAGGUGCAUUUGAUAUAAAAAAUAUUCUGUCUGAAACUCUUAUUUCUAUGAGACGAGCUGGUGUUGACUGCAUCAUUACAUACUUUGCGCCAACCAUUCUUGAAUGGAUGAAGGAUGGUCACUUAUAA